UCGUAGGCAUGAGCAUUUACGAGCUGAGAGUGAGCUCCAAGAAUAGGGAGCAAAAGAGAAGGUUCAUCAUGUGGUCUUGUGCUAUCUCCACGGUGCUUAUUCUAUCUGCUGCACUAUUUCUAACAAUCACAAAGCAAGCAGAAGCUUCCUCUCACCAUUCCUUCAAUGCAGUCUCGAGGGCUGCCACCACCACCAAGACCUCGAGCGCGGUCGCCGCCGCUUGCGCUGCCACCCUCUACCCAAAUGCAUGCGAGUCCGCCCUCGCCUCCGUCGCCGGAGCACCAACUAAGUCCCCAAAAAAGCUCUUCGACAUCUCCGUCCAAUUCGCCAUGGCCCGGACCCACUCGGUCCGCUCCAUGGCCUACAACCUAACUCUCAAGCACCAGAAGCCUGGGUCCCGCCGCCCUACCGGCAUGGACGACUGCCUCGAGCUCCUCGACAUCAGCUUGGAUCAACUCAACGACGUCGUCAACCCGAAGACAAGCUCCAGCCCUCACGACGUCAAGACGUGGCUCAGCGCGGCCCUCACGAACCAGGCGACGUGCAAGGAUAGCCUCGACGCCAUCGAUGCCUCCGACGGGGGGGACGCCAUGAGCGCACAAGUGGAGAGCUUGACGCACUUCAUCAGCAACUCACUCGCGCUUCACAAGAAGCUCGAUGGAGGAAAGGAUCCCGGCGGCCGGAAUUUGUUGUCCGAUGGAUUUCCGGCGUGGUUGUCGGCCGGGGACCGGAGGCUUCUACAGGCUUCCCCGAAGGACAUUCGAGCCGACGCCAUGGUGGCCAAGGAUGGCAGCGGGACCCACAAGACGAUCAACGAGGCCAUCGCCUUCGUGUCGCCGGCCGCCGCCGCCGGCCGUGGAAGGAGUGUGAUAUACGUGAAAGCCGGGACUUAUAACGAGUACAUCAGUAUCCCAAGCAAGCGGAAGAACGUUAUGCUGAUGGGAGACGGGAAGGGCAAAUCGGUCAUUGUAGGUAGCAGGAACGCGGCCAACGGGUAUACGACGUACGGCACUGCGACCGUCGCUGCCAUGGGUGCGGGCUUUAUUGCCAAGGGCCUAACCAUCAUCAACAACUCCGGCCCAUCCAAGAACCAGGCCGUGGCCCUAAGAGUUGGCGCCGACAAGUCAGUGAUCUACCAAUGCUCCAUACAGGGAUACCAGGACACCCUCUACACCCACUCUAACAGGCAAUUCUAUUCAGAGGAUGACAUCUAUGGCACCGUCGACUUCAUCUUCGGCAACUCGGCCGUCGUCUUCCAGAAUUGCUUUAUCCAACCCCGAAAGCCUGGUGGUGGACAAAGGAACUCGGUCACGGCGCAAGGCCGGCUUGACCCGAACCAAAACACCGGCAUAUCGAUCCACAAAUGCAGGAUCGUCGGCGCUUCUGACUUGGGCAGCACUCCGACGUACCUCGGUAGGCCUUGGUACAAGUACUCGAGGACGGUGGUGAUGGAGACUUACAUGGAUGGCUCAAUCAACCCAGCUGGGUGGGAGCCAUGGUCAGGGAGCUUUGCACUAUCCACUUUGUAUUAUGGUGAGUAUGCCAACACAGGCCCAGGGUCCUCGACAUCAGGCCGGGUCCAUUGGCCGGGCGUUCACUCGUCGCUCUCCAUGGCUGAAGCAUCCAAAUUUACUGUUGCUGAAUUCAUCUUUGGUAACUCUUGGUUGCCGGGGACCGGCGUCAGCUACACCGCCGGACUGUAAUUAAUGCAUACGUAUACACUUUCUGCAGGCAUGAUAUGUGCAUCAGUCAUCACUAUUCCGCAUCAGGUUUGGAUGGGCCCUAACUCUAGCCCAAUUUGUAGUGCAAGAUUUAUUAUGAUAAUUCAGACAAAGGCUUGUUGGUUUUUAUUUAUGGACCAUUAUCCGUAAGUAUAGAUUAAAUCGUCACGCUAUACAGCAAUAAAUGUUAACUUGUUUGC